UUCUCGGUUGGACAGCUUUCUUGUUCUUGGCCUCGCAUUUUGCUGAAUCCCUCGGAAAUGACGAGCAUCGCACUCUACCAAAUCUCUCAGCCCAUCACUUGCCACGCUUGGAGCCCUGAUCAAUCCAUGAUUGCAUUUUGUCCAAACAAUAACGAAGUGCACAUUUAUAGAUUGUUGGAAGACAAAUGGGAAAAAGCUCAUGUUCUUCAAAAGCAUGACCAAGUAGUUUGUGGGAUGGACUGGAGUAAUAAAUCAAACAGGAUAGUUACUGCAUCCCAUGAUCGCAGUUCAUAUGUGUGGAACUUAGAAGGAUCAGAAUGGGUGCCAACUCUCGUUGUUCUUAGGCUAAACCGAGCUGCUCUGUGUGUUCAGUGGAGUCCAAAAGAAAAUAAGUUUGCAAUUGGAAGUGGGGCCAAAACUGUCUGUAUAUGCUACUAUGAACAGGAGAACAACUGGUGGAUCAGUAAACUCAUCAGGAAAAGUCAUGAUUCUUCAGUGACAAACGUUUCAUGGCACCCAAAUAAUAUUCUUCUUGCAACAACGUCUACAGAUGGAAAAUGUCGAGUAUUCUAUACCUUUAUAAAAGGUGUAGAUACAAAGGAUUCAACAACGCCAGAAACUAAAUUUGGAGAGUUAAUUGUUCAACUUGAUCUCUCUGUGUCCUGGACGUUUGGUGUCAAAUGGUCACCAAAGGGCAAAACUUUAGCUUACGCAGGUCAUAAUUCGAUUAUAUAUUUUGUUAACGACAUUGGUUCCUCUCCUGUGACCCAAACUGUUGCUUACCGUGAUCUGCCCCUCUGUGAUGUUUGUUUUAUUUCUGAGAAUAUGGUAAUUGGUGUUGGAUUCGACUGCGUCCCAUUGGUUUUUGCUAAAGAUGAAAGGGAUAAAUGGAAAUUCGUCAGAUGCAUUGGGGAAAAAAGAGCAAGAUCAUCUAGCUUAAAAUAUGCAUCACAGUACACCGAUAUAUUUGGCAGAUUUAUUGGUCAAUCCAAGGAUGAAGUGACAGUGGAAGCUUCAAAAGAAAGUGAGGGCUUUCAUGACAAGUGUAUCAACUGUGUGUUGCCUCUGAGGGGCCGUGGGACAUUGAUAAAGCGUUUCAGCACAUCAGGUUUGGAUGGGAGAGUCAUCAUAUGGGAUUUGGAGAAGCAGGAAGACCUUGCUGAAUACAUUUUAGGUCCUCUUUAAGUUGUCUUUCUCGUCAAGUGCAGCAUUUUCCUUUUAGGGUAUUGUUUUG